GCGGCGCCUGGGCUGGCGGGGACGCACGCCCCAAACACGCCUCGGCUACGCCCCCCGGACCCGACGUCAGCCAAUCAGGACCCUACUGCCCCGUCAGGGUCCACCCGCCCUACCGCCCCGCCCCCGCGCUUCAGUCUGUCAUUCCCGCCCUUUGACCUGUCACUCCACCGCCCCGGCCCGGCUCGCCCCGCCGCGCCGUUGCCCUGGAAGCCGGAGCCCUUGGCGCACGCGCAGUAGUGUCGCCGCGCGCGCAGACGCAGAAGCGGCGGCGGGUGUUUACGGCGGCCGGGGUCAGCGCGGUGCAGUAGCCGCUGGCGCGCGAGGGCUGCGCUGCAGGAGCUGCAGGUCGCGACCCGGGCCGCCCCAGGCUGCAGGCUGCCGCACUCCGGAGGUAGAGCGGCCGCUCCGCCCCUUGGUCCAGCCUGCUGCAGGCGGGCGCGGCCUUUUUGGGGGUGCCCCCCGCGGCUCCUGUCAGCAGCCCCCACCCCACUUUUCGCCUGCUACCGGGAGGCCGCGGUUCCUGUCUGUCUGCCCGCGUCCCUGCGGGCCCACCUGCCCCCGCCUGCUGCACCCCAAGACGAGUCGGGGUGCUCCCUGGGGCCUGCUCGGGAGGCGCCGGGGUCCGCUGGGGAGGGGAGGGGGAGUCGCGUCCCGGCCGCGGGGGCCUCGCGCGUCCGAGAGGAGCUGGGGCCGCGCCCCGUGGUUGAGCCUCCGCGGAGUCGCGCGCGCGCCCGUCCGGAGCUGCCUUCGACGCCCGCGGCGCGGGGCCCGGCGGCCGGCCAGCUCCGUGCGUUUGGCGACGUCUUGGCGAGGCCGCGGGAAGUCGCUGGGACGGGGCCGGCGUCUGUCCAGCAGAGAGCAGGAUUCGAAUUGGGUUUGAGCUGAGUCCUGGACCCUUGAAGUGAGCAGCUCUCUUGAAAACUUAGGUUGCAGCGCUGCCUGAGCGUGACCUUGGACAUGGGAGGUGCUGUCAGCGCUGGGGCGGACAACGAUGAGCUUAUCGACAAUCUGAAGGAGGCACAGUACAUCCGGACCGAGCUGGUGGAACAGGCUUUCCGAGCUAUCGAUCGCGCGGAUUAUUAUCUGGAAGAAUUUAAAGACAAUGCUUACAAAGACCUGGCGUGGAAGCAUGGAAACAUUCACCUCUCGGCACCAUGCAUCUACUCGGAGGUGAUGGAAGCUCUGGACCUGCAGCCGGGACUCUCGUUUCUGAACCUGGGCAGUGGAACUGGGUACCUCAGCUCCAUGGUGGGCCUCAUCCUGGGUCCUUUUGGUGUGAACCACGGAGUGGAGCUGCACUCAGACGUGAUAGAGUACGCCGAGCAGAAGCUGGACUUCUUCAUCAGAACAAGCGACAGCUUUGACAAGUUCGACUUCUGUGAGCCUUCCUUUGUCACUGGCAACUGCCUGGAGAUCGCUCCAGAUUGUUCUCAGUAUGACCGUGUGUACUGUGGGGCUGGCGUGCAGAAGGAGCAUGAAGAAUACAUGAAGAACCUGCUCAAAGUGGGAGGGAUCCUCGUCAUGCCCCUGGAGGAGAAG